UAUUCUCUAUCGCAUUUUUGUUUGCAACAUAUUGUCUCUCCUGAAGAGCGUCAGCUGGAAUCCAAGGAGCAGAAUGAAUCGUUGCUUAUUGCUGCCGUUUAUGCUGGGAAUUCCUCUCCUAUGGCCUUGCCUUACAGCCACCGAAAACUCUAAAACAGAGGAAGCCAAGCACCCAGGGGGGUCUCAUCAGAGGGUGAGGAGUGACUGGGUGUGGAAACAGAUUUUUGUACAAGAGGAAAUGAACAGGACUAAUCAUUUCAUUGACCAGCCAAUAUAUAAGCAAGGCAAUGAAAACAACAAUUACCAGUACAAGCUUUUUGGAGAUGGAGCUGGAAGUAUUUUUGUUAUUGAUGAAAAAACAGGUGACUUGUUUGUGGUAGAGAAGCUUGACAGAGAGGAACGGGACCUCUACACUCUGAGAGCCCAGGUGAUAGACACAGCUACUGGGAAGACUGUGGAGCCCGAGUCUGAGUUUUCCAUCAGAGUUACGGAUAUCAACGACAAUGAACCAAAAUUCCUGGAGGAGCCUUAUGAGGCCAUUGUACCAGAGAUGUCUCCAGAAGAGACGUCUGUCAUCCAGGUGACAGCAAGUGACGCUGACGAUCCUUCCACUGACCAUAAUGCUCAUCUCGUGUACAGCUUACUGCAAGGCCAACCAUAUUUCUCCAUUGAAGCAAAAACAGGCGUUGUAAGAAUAUCUUCUAAAAUGGAUAGAGAGCUGCAAGAUGAGUAUUGGGUAAUUAUCCAAGCCAAAGACAGGAUCGGCCUGCCGGGAGCACUCUCUGGAACGACGAGUGUAUUAAUUAAACUUUCUGAUGUUAAUGACAAUAAACCUAUGUUUCAAACAAGUUUAUUCCGAAUGAAUGUCUCUGAAUCUACACCCACUGGUACUUCUAUAGGAAAAAUCAUGGCCUAUGAUAAUGACAUAGGAGAUAAUGCAAAAAUGGAGUAUAUGAUUGAAGAUGAUUCACAAACAUUCGAUAUCAUUACUAAUCAUGGGACCCAAGAAGGAAUAGUUAUAUUAAAAAAGAAAGUGGAUUUUGAGCAGCGGAACCACUAUCGUAUUACAGCAAAAGUUAAAAACCCCAAUGUUGAUGAGCACCUCAUGAAAUACCACGAUGAACCUUCCACCACAGUCAUUAUGGUCCAGGUGGGAGACGAAGACGAACCCCCAGUCUUCCGCCUCCCCCAUUAUGUAUUUGAAAUCUUUGAAGAGAACGCGCAGGGAUCAUUGGUGGGCAUGGUCUCUGCCACAGAUCCAGAUCAGAAGCAGUCUCCUAUCCGGUAUUCUCUAAACAUCACCGGAAGCAACGCAUUCUGUAUCGAUGACAAUGGCACCAUCUUCACUGUCCACCCUCUUGAUCGAGAGAUGAGUGCUUGGCACAACCUGAGCAUUAAAGCCACAGAAAAAUACAAUGCUGAACAGAUUUCUUCAGUUCCUGUGUAUGUACAAGUUCUUAAUAUUAACGAUCAUGCUCCUGAGUUCUCUGACAACUAUAAGACUUAUGUUUGUGAAAAUGCAGGCUCUGGUCAGAUAAUUCAGACCAUCAGUGCAGUGGAUAGAGAUAAAUCCAUAGAAGAUCACCAUUUUUCCUUUAAUUUAUCUGUGGACAACAGAGAUGACUCUAUAUUUACACUCAUAGAUAACCAAGAUAACACAGCUGUAAUUUUGACUAAUAGAACUGGUUUUAGCCUUGAAGAAGAGCCUGUCUUCUACAUACCCAUCUUAAUUGCUGACAAUGGACUCCCGUCACUUACAAGCACUAACAUCCUGACUGUCCACGUCUGCGACUGUGAUGACAGUGGCAGCGCACAGACCUGCAGUGACAAAGGCCUUAUGUUCUCCAUGGGAUUCAGGACAGAAAUCAUAAUUGCUCUCCUGAUAUGCGUAGUGAUAGUAUUUGGGCUUAUUCUUUUGAUCCUUGGUCUGAAACAACGAAGAAAACAGACUCUAUUUCCUGAGAAAGGUGAAGAGUUCAGAGAGAAUAUCUUCAGAUAUGAUGAUGAAGGGGGAGGAGAAGAUGACACAGAAGCCUUUGACAUUGGACAGCUGCGGAGCGGCGCGAUCCUGAGGGAGCACAGGGCUCGGAAGACCACCGCCGGGGAGCUCCGGAGCCUGUACCGGCACUCUCUGCAGGUUGGCCCAGACAAUGCCAUCAUGAGGGAAUUCAUUCAGGAAAAGCUCCAGGAAGCUAACACUGACCCCUGCGCCCCUCCUUUUGACUCCCUCCAGACCUAUGCUUUUGAGGGGACAGGGUCAUUAGCUGGAUCCCUGAGCUCUUUAGGAUCAGCAGCCUCUGAUCAGGACGACAAUUAUGAUUACCUUCAUGAACUGGGGCCUCGCUUUAAAAGAUUAGCGUGCAUGUUUGGUUCUGCUACGCAGUCAAAUAAUUAG